GUCAUCGCUAAGUUUAUUUGAAGAAAGCUCAUGCAUUAUGGCUAAAGCAAGAAGCCCAGUUACUAGGAACUCCUGUACUGUUUUCUUCUUAAUAAUAGCCAUCUGGAAUAAUACUCAGCCAUCAGAGGAAACUGGAUCGUCUGCCAUCCUUUCGAACCAUUUUCUUAAUAAAGUUCCUAAGAACCUUCCAGCAGAGACAACAGUGCUGGAUUUAUCACAGAAUAAUAUCUCUGAACUGCAGAUUUCAGAUUUCAGUUCUAUUUUGAGACUGCAGGUCUUAAACUUGUCUCGUAAUGUCAUCCGUGAGCUUGACUUCAGUGUCUUCCAAUACAAUGGAAACUUGGAACACCUGGAUUUAUCACACAACAGGUUACAGACCCUUUCCUGUCAUGCUAUGCUAAGUCUCCUGCGUCUGGAUCUCACUUACAAUAGUUAUACAGACAUGCCCAUAUGCUCCAAGACUGACAUGCCAAAACUACAGUAUCUUGGUCUCAGUGCUAAAAGGCUGCAGGGAUCAGAUCUCAGUGCACUUGGUCAUUUACAACUGGAUACUCUCUUCCUGAGUCUAGAAGACCUCUCCGAAUACAAAGCUGCAAGUAUUACAGUGUUCAACAUAAAGACCAUCCAAAUUGUAUUCCACCCCCGUAGAGAUUUCCAUAUUCUCACAGAUCUAGAACUCAGCGGUACAGAAAGUUUAGAACUGUUCAACAUCCAUGAUGAGCAAGUCAGCGAGUUAAGAAUGUUCCUGCUGAAACUCAGUAGAAGUGGAAGAUUACUAAACCUGACACUGAACAAAAUGCAGAGUUCCUGGGAGGAUUUCAUCGACGUUCUGCAGGCCGCAUGGGGAACAACUGUUGAACAUUUAGUUAUCUCUAAUGCUGCUUGGAUGGAUGCCACUAAUAAAAACAAUUUUAAUCAUACCAAAACAUCUCUUAAAUCAUUAGAAAUUAAAGACACUGUAAUUGUUACCAUUAAAGCUGAUCCCCAGUACAUGUAUAGGAUAUUUUCAGAGAUGAACAUCACAGCCUUGACCAUUUCUGGUGCAAAGCUGAUACACAUGCUUUGCCCUUCCAAACCGAGUCAUUUCACUUACCUGUGUUUUUCUUAUAAUACUUUAACAGAUACAGUUUUCGAAAACUGCAAUAAUUUGACACUCCUUGAAACACUUAUUCUGUCAGGAAAUCAGCUUACACGUCUAAUGAAAAUGAGUUUAAUGGCUCGUCACAUGAAGUCUCUGAAACAUUUGGACCUGAGCCACAAUUUAUUGCAACAUGAAGUCCAUGAGAAAAGGUGCCAAUGGGGUGAAAAUCUGGUUGAACUGAAUUUGUCAUCCAACGUGUUGUCCGAUUCGGUCUUCCACUGUUUGCCAGUCAACAUCCAAAAGCUUGAUCUACAGAACAAUCAAAUUUCAAGUAUCCCUAACAUGGCUGUUGAACUCAGAGCUCUGCAAGAGCUGAAUUUGGCUUCCAAUAGGUUAACUGAUCUGCCUGGAUGUGGUCAGUUUAGGAGUCUGAGAUUACUGAAUACAGAAACGAAUUCAAUAUUCACACCUACUUCCCAGUUCUACCAGACCUGUCAGAGCAUUAGAGAAGUAAAAGCAGAGCACAAUCCCUUCAUGUGUUCCUGUGAAAUAAGAGAAUUCAUUGAUAUUAGAAAACAAGGAUUGGUGGUAUUGGUUGGCUGGCCAGAGUCUUAUCUAUGUGAAUACCCAGAAGACAUACGAGGACUCCAGUUACAGGAUUUUCAUGUUUCUGAACUAGUCUGCAAUACAACACUUUUGGUUGCCGUAGUUCUAGUUAUUACAGUGGUCCUGGCAGCUAUCAUUUCCUUCUUAUGCAUCUAUCUGGACAUCCCUUGGUAUUUGAAGAUGAUGUGGCAGUGGACUCAAGUGAAACACAGGAUUUGGAAAAAUAAUCCUGAAGAAGUUUUUGAUAAUAUGGAAUUCCAUGCCUUUAUCUCAUACAGUAAGCAUGAUUCUGACUGGGUGAAGAACGUCUUGAUUCCAAACCUGGAGAAGGAGGAUGGCUCCAUCCGGAUCUGCCAACAUGAAAGGAACUUCAUUGCAGGCAAGAGCAUUGUGGAGAAUAUCAUCGACUGCAUUGAGAAAAGUUACAGGUCCAUCUUUGUGUUGUCUCCCAAUUUUGUGCAGAGCGAGUGGUGUCAUUAUGAGCUCUACUUUGCCCAUCACAAGCUAUUCCAAGAAAACAACAACAGUUUAAUCCUCCUCUUGCUGGAACCGAUCCCACCCUACAUCAUCCCUGCAAAGUAUUACAAACUGAAAGCUCUCAUGGCCAAGAGGACCUACUUGGAAUGGCCGACGGAGAAGAGCAAGCAGGGACUUUUCUGGGCAAAUCUUAGGGCAGCUAUUCAUAUUAGGCUUCCAGAAAAUGAAUAAGUCUUUUUUAUGAAAGUUCUUUUUCUAAUUUCUAUGAAAUGAAAUUCCGAUUAAAACAGGAAAAAGUCAUAUAUA